UUCCGGUGUCUGCGUUCGUUCGUUCCGAGUUCCGUUUACUUCCUUCAGUCCUAUUCCUUUGGUCCAGGUUGACGCGUGGUGAAAUAUUGUACAUUUGAAACGUCAUAUAUAUCGUGUGACAGAACACGAUGCGACAAAUGAAACGUCUGUUAGAUGUAUAUGUGGCGUUGCAGGCGCUGUUUGCGUUGUCAUGGUGCUUUACCGACGCAGAUCCGGGGCCUGCAGUAGGUUCUCAGUCGAAUGGAGAACGUUUCAAAAUCGAAGGGCGAGCGAUCGUUCCCGGAGUGAAAACACAGGACUGGGUCUCCACAGCCCGAAUCCUGGUGGAAGGAGAGGAAUAUGUGGGUUUUGUCAAGACUGAUGGGAGCUUCGCUGUCAACGAUGUGCCCUCUGGCUCAUAUGUGGUUGAAAUCGUAUCACCAUCUUUCAGAUUUGAUCCUGUUCGAGUGGACAUUACCUCCAAAGGGAAAAUGAGGGCACGCUUGGUGAAUUACAUCAAAACCUCAGAAGUUCUCCGACAGCCGUACCCUCUUCAGAUCAGAUCCAGUGGUCCACACACGUACUUCAUGAAGCGGGAAACAUGGGGCUGGACUGAUUUUCUCAUGAACCCAAUGGUCAUGAUGAUGGUUCUUCCCUUAUUAAUCAUCGUCCUGCUCCCAAAGGUGGUAAAUACUAACGAUCCUGAGAUGAGAAAGGAAAUGGAGCAAUCUAUGAAUAUGUUGAACCCUAACCCAGAAUUGCCAGAUGUUUCUGAAUUCAUGACAAAGUUGUUCUCAAAGGGCUCCAGUAAGGCUGGCGGUGGCAACAAAGGCAGCAGAAGUGUUGCUCUGAAGAGGAGGUAGUGCCGUGUAUUUUGUCGGUUUUCUUUAACACUGUUUUACUGGUUUUCUUUUUAUAUGUAUAUAUAUGAACAGUUUCUUUUUCAACUGAAAAGCUUGACAAAGCAAUACUGUGUUUGCACUGUACCACGUUUCCAUGCUUAAUUGUCUUCUUUGGAUGCAUUGUUAAUAAUCAGAUAAUUUUACUCAUUGUAAUGAUACUCUGAAAACUAUACAGACAAUUUAUUAAUGGAGAAAACCAGUACAGAUCGAGCAAGGCAUGUAUUCAUCUUUUUUUUUUUUUAGAGCUUAACUAGGAUGUUUAAACUUUAAAUGUAGAAUGAGUGAAAAAUAAAGUACUUGAUUGGUCAAGAGUCCUCUUCCAAGAGAAACAGUUUUGCUAAAACAUUUCAAUAUCUUGUAAUGCAAUUAACGUGAUGGUAGUCUAUGCUUUUACUGCUUCUGUGCAAAAGAUUCAUCACACAGGUAUGAUUUCUUCUCGGAAUUGAGGUCUAUACAGUUUCACCUCAGUUAUAACUUGAAUAAAAGCAAAAUAGUGAUAAAAUGCAACAGCUGCAGUACGGCUGUACUGAUAAAGUCAGAUUCAGAAGUUGGUACUCAGUGUAUGCUUGUUUUACUCAUUUUGUCACAAGAAUUCUGGGAUAUUUUAAAGCACACUUGAGCUUAAGGGUCAAGAUAGAUAAAAAAAUAUAUAACGAGGUUCCAUUUUUUGCAGUGAUAACAUGUGUAUUUCCAGACCAACCCAUGGUGAUCACAUUGAGCCCAAUUCUUCUUAAUAACUACUUGAAAUAAAGUUUUUUAGGUUAUAAUAUUUAAUAUAUCUUGUUGGGUUUGUACAAGACUGUGAAUGAAGAUGAGAAAUGCAAAAGAUUUAAGCUAUGAAGUAUAAUCUUAUUUAAAUUGAAUGAAAAUAAACUGGUGGAAAAUA